UCCUGCGCUCCUGGAACAGAAACCAGAGCUGCGCUGUUGACGCUGUUAAAGGUGUUUUACGCGGUUUCUCUUCGCUUCUCAGAGAAACGGCUCAGCGGAUGUUCGCCGUUUGGAAAAAUUGAAUGACCUCCUAUUGCAAGUCUUCUCUUGCUCCAUGUGUUCACUUUUCUACCCACCUCCAAUUUACCUCCACAAACAGUUGAAAUCCGAAGAGAUUACCUAAGAGAACAUGGCCUCUCCUCAAAUGUCCACUGAUACUCUCACUACUUGCAGACAAAUGGAGAAAAAUGCAGGCAAGCAAAGAACUCACCUCUGCUCAGAAUGUGGCAAGAGUUUUACCAAAAAGAGUAAUCUUCAGGCACACCAGCGCCUUCACACAGCAGAGAAGCCCUACCAGUGCUCAGAGUGUGGAAUAUGUUUUGCUCGACAGAGUCAUCUCCAAGAACACCAGCGCAUCCACACAGGGGAGAAGCCGUAUCAGUGCUCAGAGUGUGGGAGGAGGUUUACUAGAGGGAGCCAUCUCCAAACGCACCAACGUAUUCACACAGGAGAGAAGCCGUAUCACUGCUUAGAGUGUGGAAAAGGUUUUACUCGACAGAGUAACCUCCAGCAACACCAGCUCGUUCACACAGGAGAGAAGCCGUAUCAGUGCUCAGAGUGUGGGAAGUGUUUUACUCAGCAGGGUAUCCUCAAAAGACACCAGCUUAAUCACACAGGAGUGAAGCCGUAUCACUGCUCAGAGUGUGGAAGAAGUUUUCUUCUACGUUAUUUUCUACGAAUACAUCAGCGGGUUCACUUGGGUGUGAAGCCGUUUUAUUGUUCAGAGUGUGGGAAGAAUUUUAAUCUGUAUACUGUUUUCCAGCAACACCAGCGCAUUCAUACGGGAGAGAAACCUUAUCAGUGCUCAGAAUGUGGGAAGAGCUUUACCCAAAAGAGCCAUCUCCAAGUACACCAGCGCAUUCACACAGGAGAGAAGCCGUAUCAGUGCUCAGAGUGCGGAAGGAGUUUUAUCCAACUGUGUUCCCUCCAGCAACACCGGCGCAUUCACACAGGAGAGAAGCCGUAUCACUGCUUGGAGUGUGGGAAGAGUUUUACUCGACGGACUACUCUCACACAGCAUCAGCGCAUUCACACAGAAGAGAAACCUCAUCACGUUCAGACUGCGGAAAACGUUUUAGUGACUGAGCUGCCCUCAGAACACACCAGCUCAUUCAUACAGGACACAAGUGACCUCACUGCUCAGAAUGUGGAAAGAGUUGUAAUUGACUAAUCUCCAAAAACACUGGUACAUUUACCCAGGACUGAAGCCAAAUCACUGCAUUUGAGUAA